AUGUCUGGCCGUCCCUCAUCUAGGAGAGAGGCUGCGGCCGGCUCCUCCAAGGUCAAGACAAACAGCAUCCUACAGACCCUCCAGGCGGCAACCAUCAUUGAUACCAAGCCUGUGCUGCCGGCAGAAAUCCUGGCCAUGAUUCUCGACUACCUCCCCGUAUCCGACCAGAUGCGUUUCGCCCGCACAUCGCGCCGCAUGUGCGAGAUGGUAUACGAGGAUGCCCGAUGGGUCGCACGGCUCAAGGCCAUGGGCUGCUGGAACGAGGCCGAGGCUAGGCGACGGUUCGAAGAAGCAAUGCUUGCUCGCCGAAAGAGAGAAGAGGAAGCCAAAGCAAUAGCGCAGGAGGCGGCACAGGCGGCCAGACCCGGUUCUGCUGGUGCUAGUGCAGGGAGGAUGAGCAGAGGGGGUGUGACAGUAGCAGGAAGUAAUGGCCCGACUGCCAACAACAGGGGAAGCCUUCUGUUCGAUGCUACCGUGGAGGAGGAGCGGACUAAAAAGCUGCAGGAACAGCGACAGCAGCAGCAGAAGCUGGUCAUGAUGAUGGCAGAGGUGCGGGACGGGUUUGAGACGAUGAAGGUCGGCGGGCCUGGGGCAGGGACAGGCCCAGAUCCGAUGCGUGAUCCGGAUGCCUUGCUGCAGGUUAUCAAGAACGCGCGGAGUAUUCGGGGGUAUGCAAGGCAGGAGUAUGGCAAGAUUUAUGGCGCGCUGGCACCAUUUUACUUCGAUUUGUGCCGCGCGAAGAGCCAUACUGACCCGCUCGUCUUCAAGGUCUUCCGCGACCCGGAGCGCCAGGCGCAGAUGCUGGCUAAUCUGCGGACCUUUGCGCGCAGUGACUGGUCUGCGGGGUGCCUGAAGCGGGAGGAGAAAGUUGAGACUAUGAUGGCCAUUUUUGAGAGCGCCGCGCUGCGCGAGUUUGAGCAAGGAUAUGAAUUUUGGGAGGUCGACGGUCGCAUGCGGCGGUAUGCCAAUGUGCUGAACAUGCUAAAUGGCAGCAAUGCUGCUGUCGACCUGUUCAUCCAUAAACAUCCCAUUUUCUCAGAUAAAGAGCUGCUGGCCAACCCGACGGACUGCAUCCGUCAUGCACUUGGCGACAACAUCUCCCUUGAACCAUCACGCCUCUUCUUCGAGACGCUCUCGCGGAAGGUCAACGAGCAGGCCGGGGUCAUCCAGCGCAUCUUCCCGAAUCCGGCUCAGGUGUUCUGGGCGUUUGUUGACAAGGUCCGGGAAGACAUCAUCAUGGAGUAUGCCACUCCAUUGUUCGACGAGACGCGCGAGCGCAGUAUACCGUCGUAUCUGCGGGCUGUCUCGGGUCUGUUCGAACAAAUGAUGCACUUCCUACGGACACUAACCCCGCCCAAGGGCGGCGAUGAGGAAAAUGUCGCCCAAGAGGAGCACAUAAAGGAGAUGGCGCUCAAGGUCUUCGAGCCACACAUGGAUCUGUACCUGCAAGAUGAGCUGGACGAUUUCACCAAAAAGGCAGAGCAUGAGGUCGGCGAGUGGGAAAGGAAGCUGUCCGAACAGGAGGCCAGCGCUGAGUCCUUCUACAUGGGCAGCUUUACUGCCAAUCGGCAGGCUGACAAGAAGGAUUUCCUGACAACCUUCAAGAAGGUGGUCAUGAUGCCCGUGACGGUGCUACCGACCACACUCACCCUUCCCUUCAAGUCAGGAGGAUCCAGCGGAGGGGCAAGUACAAACGGGAUUAGUACACAGCAACCAUCUCGUUCUCAGAGCCCGGUCCCACCUGCAGCUGUCGCUGGCACGGGCUCUGCGCCGACAGAUGAGCUAGCAGCCAAAGCAGCACUCAUGACGGCCAGGCUGGAGGGCAUCAAGUCGCUCUUCAGCAUCGAGGUAGCCCUAAACUUGAUACACAUGGCCAAGGCAAGUCUGGGACGCAUGGCUGUGUUUAUUCAGUUGGGCGGGCAGGCCGGGGGCGAGGCACGCGAGCAGUGCGCGGCUGUCUUCGUUGCGCUCCUGCGCAUCCUGGGUAACAGACACAUCAAGCCGGGCUUCGAUCGGGCCGUGGCUCACCUAUCGCAAUACAACCCGCGCGAAGUGCGUGAACACGAUCGCGGGGUCGCGCCUCUAGUUACGUUUAUCGAGCUGGUCAACGUGGGCGAUCUAAUCUCGCAGAUGAUUGACGUGUUCUACGAACAACAACUGGCGCAGCCCAAGAUUGCCGAUCGAAACGACUUCCUCGAUCCAGCUGGCCUAGCUAAAAAGAAAUUCGAGCAGAUGCUCGACGAGAGCGUCGCCGCUGGCCUUAACAAGGGCAUCGACGUGCUGAUGGACGAAGUCGAGUACAUCUGCGCAACCACCCAACUGCCCACGGACUACAACCCAGGCCUUUCCACAACAACCCCAGACUCCUCAGGUAUUACCGGGACAGUCUCCUCCCCAACCGUCUCCUCUCCCGUCAACGAGAAGCGCUUCUCCACCUCUACACUCUCUUCCACCUUCGGCCUGAACCUCGACAUCGGCCCGACUCCGACGGCAAUCCGCAUCCGCGACCUGGUCGCCUCGCACACGUCCAUGCUUGUCGGCAGCACGGAUAAAUCCAUGCUGGACGUGUUCAAUGGCGAGGUCGGCUUACGCCUGUUUAACGCGCUGUGCAAACACCUCAAGCGGCAGCGCAUCAGCACCGAGGGCGCGGUGAAACUGAUCGCGGAUAUGAAUUUGUACUUUGACUUUGUGCGCACGCAGCUGAAGAAUAACGACCUGUUAGUUUAUUUUAAGGCAUUGCGGGAGCUGAGUCAGAUUUAUCUUAUCGAUGCGAAGCAUGCGAAGGAGAUGGCGGCGAUCAUUGCCGAUGGGGAUCGGUUUGGGGGGGUGUUUCGGGCGGAGGAGGUUUAUGAGUAUGCCGAGAGGAGGGCGGAUUGGUAUCAGGUCAGGAAGGAUGUGGAACGUGCUAUGUAUGGGCUAGAGUGCUCCCUUAUGUGA